CACAAACAGCUUUUACUUUCUGUUUGUUGGUUUGUUGGUUUUUUGUUUGUUUUUGUUUUGAUUCAACCAAGGAGUCGACGAAAUCAAAUCAGAAACAGCCUUUAACAUGUGGUGCAUUGUGGACCUGCCGAACGGCAUCCGACAGGCGGUCGAAUUGGAUCCCAAAGCCAUCGGCCAAGAAUGCCUCGAAAAGGUAUGCAAGGGACUGGGCAUCAUCUGCGAAAUGGAGUACUUCGGCCUGGAGCCGUGGACGCCCAACCAGAAGGAGUCCCGCACCCGACAAUGGUACAACCUGAGGAAUCGCCUGCAUGGCGACAGCGGCAGCAGCGGCAGCGGAGUCCAGCUGAUGCUGGCGAUGCGCGUCAAGUUCUGGGUGCCGGUGCACAGCAUUCUGCAGGAGAGCGUGCGCAAUCUGUUCUAUAUGCAGGCACGCCGGGAUCUGCUGGAGGCGCGGCUGUGCGCCCACGACUGGAGCAAUGCGGCCAAGCUGGCGGCGCUGCUCUGCCAGGCGGAUGGGCUGCGCUUCAAUGAGCAGGCGCUGCGCGCCGAGUGCCCGAUGCGAAUGCGUCGCGAGCUGGCCCAGCAGCAGCUGGCGCAGCAGCAGCAGCACAAGCUGGAGCAGCAGCGGAAGGAGAAGGAGCAUGUGCUCAGCUUCAAGAAGCGUCGCCUGUCCAAGCAGAAGUCCGUGGAGCACAUCGAGUGCUGUGCCCUCGCCGCGCCAUCAUCAUCGGCGACGACGACGACGACGACGACGACCCUUUCCAGCCACAACAACUUGCAGCCAUCGCCCUCGGCUUCAGUUUCCGCAUCCGCCUCCAGCUCGAGCAGCCCCAGCAACAGCAGCAGCAGCCACUCGGGCCUGGACGAGCGCCUGGCCAGCAAUCCGCUGCGCAUGUACGAGGAAUAUGUCAUCCUACCCAAUGCCUGCGACAGCGAGCCCCCGGCCGACUUUCUGCGUCAGAUUGCCAUCGAGCACAGCAAGCUGGCCAAGCUGCCGAUGCCGCCCAAGUCGGCCAAGUACUGGCUUCUGCGCGAGAUCCAGGAGCUCAGCGGCUACGGCGAGGAGCUCUUCAGCGGCGUCACAACCAACGAGAGCGCCACCCGCUGCGACAUUGCAGUGGGCGCCCAUGGCAUCACCGUUAUUCGCGGGGACGAAAAAGAAAGCAUCCCGUUCAGUGCCAUUGCCGCUGCCAAGUCGUUGAGGCGUACGUUUAAGCUGGAGUAUGUGGACGAUCACAACGAUCGGAAGGAGCUGGAGAUCAAGCUGCCCAAGCAGCCGAUUGCCGCCGGCCUCUAUCGUUCGAUAACGGAGCGGCACGCGUUCUACGUGUGCGACAAGGUGCGCUGCGUGGUGACGAAUCAGUUCACGCGCGAUCUGAAGGGCACCAUUGCGUCCAUGUUCAAGGAGGACACGGAGCUGGGCAAGCGCUACGUAUUCGAUAUACAGCACACGUGCCGCGAGGUGCACGAUCAGGCGCGGCGCAAGCUGCACGAGCGCGGCUUCGAUGUGGCCGCCAUGGCGGCCAUCGAUGACGGCAGCAGCUGUGAGCCCGUCCUGGAUGUCGAUGGAGGCGGAGGCGGCUGUGUUGGUGCCGGUUCCAUGGCCGGCAAGAUAGAUUUGGCCAUACGCGAGAAGGAGGCGCGUGAGGCGGCGAUUGAGCGCUGCGUGGACAAUCGCAUCCACGAGGCCAUGCAGUGCAAGAUCUGCAUGGAUCGUGCGAUCAACACGGUGUUCAAUCCCUGCUGUCACGUCAUUGCCUGUGCGCAGUGUGCGGCUAGGUGCAACAACUGCCCCAACUGCCGCGUGAAGAUAACCAGCGUAGUCAAAAUCUAUCUGCCACCCGAACUGCGCACCAGCCAGACCCUGGCGAGCAGCAGCUGCAGCAGCAUCGUUGGCCCCCCCUCGGACCAGCAACAGCUGGAGCAGCAGUCCGAGCAGCAGCCGGACAGCUCAGACCCGGCCUCAGCCCCGGCCCCAUCCUCGCCAGAGGCAGCCGCUGCGCCGCCUGGCGGAGCGCCAAAGGUGACAACGGCUGCCUAGAAUUGGCUGUGCUCGCUGCUGUUCCGGCUGAUGGAAUGGGUCUGCGUGCCGAUUGUCUGAUCACCUUGCAGUCGUGAUCCUGAUCUCGUGUUGAAUCUAUGACCAUAUAUAUAUAUAUGUAUACACUUAUAUAUAUAUAUAUACAAUUUCGAAGGGAACAAACCAAAAAUGAUGUUUAACCUAAAAACACACACCUUAGCCUGUAUACUCUCUGUAUCUUUACUCAAGUAUUUUAUGGAUAUGAACCAUGCGACGAUAAAGUGCUAUUUAACCCUAUCUAAGACUUAACUACUUAGCCUCCUUAGCUCGUAAUGCCCUACACAUAUACAUCUAUAUAUAUAUAUAUAUAUAUAAUUAUAGCUGUAAAACUAAUGCGAAUGUACAACAGGGCCCUGUUCAGUCAAGAGAAAAACAAAAUAUAGAAAAAGCAAAUACAAGUUAACAAGUUAAGAAGUUAACAAGGAACAGCGGCUACCCAAGUCGGUUACUUACAACAUUUUACUCUAGAACUAAACAUACAUAUACAUAUACAUAUAUAUCUAUAUAUAUCUCUAUAUAUAUACGAUGCGCAGCUCGAGAUGUAUUUAUUAUUAUAUAUAUAUAAUGCAAAUGCCUAAAACUCUUAGUAUUUAUUAACACUUUAACACUAACUUUGCCCAGCCCCAAUUCUCAUAUAUAUAUAUAUAUAUCUAUAUAUCUGAACAAUGUGUGUAUAUAUAGUCGUUUAUAGUUGAUAGACAAGCGUACAAUAACAACAACAAGUAGUACUAAGUACCUGCUAACUGCAAAAUGCGUUUCUCUGCUGCAGAUAUUAAACGUAGUCAAUAAUAAAUGUUAACAUGUUAUAUACCAUA